ACCAGGUGAUGAUGUGGAGAAGAUCUUAGAUGCAAGACAUGGGGAGAAUGGGGUGACAUGCACCUCAGGUUUGAGGCAGGCAAGUUGUUGGGGUUGGAAAGAUCCACCGAGAUCCAAUUGGUAGGAUAAAACAGACUGAGUAAGAAGAAGCUCUGCUGUAAUAUCAUCGAUGUUCCAUUUGGGAUGGGACUGCUCCUGUGCAUUUUCCAUGUGCGGCCCCCGGCCCUUCAAAAAGGGCAUUUCUCAGCAUGUUGCUUAUAAUGUCAUUUCAUUCGCAACUCUUGAAUCAUGUGGACUACUGUGUCAACCUGGCUCGCAGCAUUUUGCCCAGCAAAAGUGAUUUGGCUCUUAAAGGAUGUCUGGCCGCCAGGAAUCACAGCUUGUCUGCCUAGGGUGGUCAUUGAGGCGGCAAUCUAAUUAUUUGGACAUCAUUGAGAAGCCAUCGGUGCCUGAGGAUGAGUGGGCGAUCAAGUGCUACACCAGCAAUGGUUACUACGGUGAACUCAACUAUGCCCUUCGAGCGGACGACAGCUUUUUGUUGCGGAAGCAUGCCCGCUUGAUCAACUGCCUGCGCCAUUGUGUGCGCUCACACAAUGAGCGCUACAGAGUCUACCGGGGAGUCCAGCUUCCAAGUUCCGAACAUGAGUUCUACCAAGUGGGCAAGCUCUUCCUAUGGCCCGGAUUUACGUCUGCAAGUCGUUCUGAGGUCACGGCCAUGGCCUUUGGGAGCUGGGGCGGUGGCCAGGGCAAUACAGUUCUCUUCAAGAUUGAGCUGGGGCUGGGCUCUGGCUGUACGUACUCACGGGACAUCUCACAUAUGUCGAACUAUCCCAGCGAGCAGGAAGUCCUGCUCUAUUGUUACUCGGGCUUCAAGGUGACCUCGCGGAAAUGGAUAGGCACCCGACUUGACAUCGGACUUGUGCCCCAUGACACGCUUCGAGCGUUGAGAGUUGAGAAGCACUCCUGGAGCCGUGGAGUUGCUUUCUUUCAGAGUCUGAAACCACUUCAAGCGUUCCGAGUCGGUCCAAGUAGGUCGAUCUAGGGCGACAUAGCCCUUGUCCGAGUAGCGCAGGGGAGACAUCGCAUCGUGCACAGUGCCGCUUUGGAUGUCUUCCCGGAGUGUACAGUUCACCCGCGACGCGAGGGGGGGUAUUUUGCGACUGCCGUGUAUAGUGAGAUGCGAGGUUCGAUACUACCAUGUAGUAGUCAUUUUUGUGGCAGUCCGGCCAUUUGAGGGACAGUGUCCAAGACCUUCCCCCAUCUGAGGGUGUCCAAAAGAUCCGGGCUAUGACAGGGGAUGAGGGCUAUGAGGGGCAUCGGAGAUCCUGAUCGCACCGAUCCAAGGAC